UGAACGCGUCAAAACUGCGUCCGUCGUCAAUUCUACCGUUAUUUCCACUGCUCUAACAUGUUCCUAUUUGAGUACUGUCGCCAGUACUCAUAAAGAAACUUGGAAGGUUGAAUAUGAACGUGCGAGGAAGUACUUAAGUGAACAGAUCAAGGACGUGAAGCUUGAAGAAGAAAUACUGAAAUCAUGCUCGAAACUCAUUGUUGAAAAAAGUCGUACAAAGGUCGCCUACAAACAAAAGAAGAAGGAAAAACGAACCGCCUUGUUACACGUCCAGUCAAAGACAACAGUGGAACAUGCACAGUCCAUCAUAUCAACACAAAAAGGUACCGGUAGCCUUGAAUUAAGUGAGGUAAUCACCAAGAAUUGUGGCAUCUCAAAUGAAUCUGUCCUCACCACUGUGCAAACAUACUCCACCACUGAAAGUUUGAAGAAGGUGACGAAUGUUGAUAUCUGGAAGACGGCAAUUUCAUUAAAUUACCUUGAAAGUUAUUGUACCGCUCACGAAUCAACUUGGAAACUUCAAUAUAAAAAGGCCCGAGAUUACUUGAGCAAUCAAAUUAAUGAUAAGAAGGUGGAAGAAGAGUUAUUAGAAGCAGCGAAGAAAGUAGUAAUUCAUAAAACCACCACAAAUGUCGUUCGUAAGCAAGUCAAAAAAGAGAAGAGAUUAGCCUUGACUAAAGUUCAAUCCAAGACGACUGUAAGUACGGUUAAAGAGUGCGUGUCCACCCAAAAACAAAAUG